UACUAGUUUUCUUUGUCUGCCCUUGCAAUUUGAAUCUGGUUGAGAAAGGCAUCCAAUUUUCAAUUUUCAAAUCUCCUUCCCUCCUCUCUCUUACCCUUGCUGCUGCCGUUCCCUCCUCUGAAAACCCUAACACCUCUCUUCCUCUUCAUUAUCCAGCAAUCACGGGAUGACAACUCCUCAUCCGCCUCCGGUGCCCGGCCGCGAGCUCUCCAAUCCACCCACCGACGGGAUCUCAAACCUCCGGUUCUCCAACCACAGUGAUCACCUGCUCGUGUCCUCAUGGGACAAGACUGUGCGAUUGUAUGAUGCGAGCGCAAACUUGUUGCGUGGAGAAUUCAUGCACGGUGGCCCUGUGCUUGAUUGCUGUUUCCACGACGACUCGUCUGGAUUCAGUGCUAGCGCCGAUAAUACUGUCAGGCGGCUAGUUUUUAGCUAUGGGAAGGAGGAUAUUUUGGGAAGACAUGAUGCACCAGUGCGUUGUGUAGAAUACUCGUAUGCAGCAGGCCAAGUGAUCACAGGGAGUUGGGACAAAACACUGAAAUGCUGGGAUCCUAGAGGUGCAAGUGGGCAGGAGAGAACACUUGUUGGCACAUACCCACAACCUGAGCGUGUUUACUCCUUAUCUCUUGUUGGAAAUCGUCUGGUUGUGGCAACUGCUGGAAGACAUGUAAAUGUAUAUGAUCUGAGAAAUAUGUCUCAGCCUGAGCAACGGAGAGAAUCUUCAUUGAAAUAUCAAACUAGAUGUGUUAGAUGUUAUCCAAAUGGAACAGGAUAUGCUCUUAGUUCAGUAGAGGGACGUGUUGCAAUGGAGUUCUUUGAUCUCUCAGAGGCUAGUCAAGCCAAAAAGUAUGCUUUUAAGUGUCAUCGUAAAUCAGAGGCUGGAAGAGACAUUGUAUAUCCAGUGAAUGCCAUUGCAUUCCAUCCUGUCUAUGGUACUUUUGCAACCGGUGGUUGUGAUGGUUUUGUGAAUGUGUGGGAUGGUAACAACAAGAAGAGGCUGUACCAGUACUCAAAGUACCCAACAAGCAUUGCUGCACUAUCAUUUAGCAGAGAUGGACGGCUGUUGGCUGUGGCAUCAAGUUAUACAUUUGAAGAGGGAGAUAAGCCGCACGAACCAGAUGCAAUCUUUGUCCGUAGUGUAAAUGAAAUCGAAGUUAAGCCAAAGCCAAAAGUGUAUCCUAAUCCUCCUGCAUAACUGCUCUCCCACUCUUUAUUCCAUUUACUUGAUUUUACGUAUGUAAUAUGUCUGUAAGGUCUUAUGUAAUGUUGGCAAAACUUGAUCUAGGACAGACUUCUUGUCUUUAAACUGUAGGUUAGAAGGUUAGAAUCUUCACAUGUAUUUUGCUUCGUAUCUCAUGAACUCUAGAAUUGCAGCAUUUUAUUUGUUACUACCUUUUCUCAUCUGGAAAAAGGAAAAAUGUUAUAAACAUACAGUGCAAUGUUUGCAGGGUUCUGUAAUUCU